AUUACCGAGGAAGAAAAGCUGCGGAGUUAAACAACCGACGGCUUAAAAUUGUAAACAUUAAGAGCCUACCUGACUAAUGUCUGUGGUUGGGAUGGAACUCUAAGGUUAACUUGAAAGUAUAGGACCAAACAUUGUUCUUCAGUGCAUGGAUGCAAAGCCAAUGCGCAGGGCCACCAGCGCACGUCAGGACGCCACUGGAAUGGACAUCACCAGCCGCUGUACUCUGGGGGACCCCAACAAGCUCCCUGAAGGGGUCCCCCAGCCUGCACGCAUGCCCUACGUCUCAGACAAACACCCGAGGCAGACCCUGGAGGUGAUCAACCUGCUGAGAAAACACCGGGAGCUCUGUGACGUGGUGCUGGUGGUGGGUGCCAAGAAGAUCUACGCGCACCGUGUGAUCCUCUCUGCCUGCAGCCCCUAUUUCAGGGCCAUGUUUACUGGAGAGCUGGCAGAGAGCAGGCAGACGGAAGUGGUUAUUCGUGACAUUGAUGAGAGAGCCAUGGAGCUGCUGAUUGACUUUGCUUAUACAUCACAGGUGACUGUAGAGGAGGGGAAUGUCCAGACGCUGCUCCCUGCAGCCUGCCUCCUCCAGCUUGCUGAGAUCCAGGAGGCGUGCUGCGAGUUCCUUAAGAGGCAGCUGGAUCCAUCUAACUGCCUGGGCAUCAGGGCCUUUGCUGACACACACUCCUGCCGCGAGCUGCUCCGCAUUGCAGAUAAGUUCACCCAGCACAAUUUUCAGGAGGUAAUGGAAAGUGAGGAGUUCAUGCUCCUGCCUGCCAACCAGCUCAUUGACAUAAUCUCCAGUGAUGAGUUGAACGUGCGGAGUGAGGAGCAGGUUUUCAAUGCCGUGAUGGCCUGGGUGAAAUACAGCAUCCAGGAGCGAAGACCUCAGCUACCCCAGGUCCUACAGCAUGUCCGCCUGCCACUCCUCAGCCCCAAGUUCCUCGUGGGCACAGUGGGUUCAGAUCCACUCAUCAAGAGUGACGAGGAGUGCAGAGACUUAGUGGAUGAGGCCAAAAAUUACCUGCUGCUACCACAGGAGAGGCCGCUAAUGCAGGGUCCCAGAACCCGACCCAGGAAACCCAUCCGAUGUGGCGAGGUCCUUUUUGCAGUUGGAGGUUGGUGCAGCGGUGACGCUAUUUCCAGUGUGGAGCGCUAUGAUCCGCAGACUAAUGAGUGGCGGAUGGUAGCUUCAAUGAGUAAGCGGCGAUGUGGAGUUGGUGUCAGUGUCCUGGAUGAUCUAUUGUAUGCAGUGGGAGGUCACGAUGGCUCGUCAUAUCUCAACUCUGUGGAAAGAUACGAUCCUAAAACCAACCAGUGGAGCAGCGAUGUGGCCCCCACCAGUACUUGUCGCACCAGUGUUGGCGUCGCUGUACUUGGAGGAUAUCUGUAUGCAGUGGGAGGACAGGAUGGAGUUUCCUGUCUCAACAUAGUUGAAAGGUAUGAUCCCAAGGAGAACAAAUGGACUCGUGUCGCAUCCAUGAGCACCAGGCGACUGGGUGUAGCUGUGGCUGUACUGGGAGGAUUUCUAUAUGCUGUAGGAGGAUCUGAUGGGACAUCUCCAUUAAACACAGUGGAGCGCUACAACCCUCAAGAGAACCGCUGGCACACAGUGUCCCCCAUGGGAACCAGAAGAAAGCACCUUGGCUGUGCGGUCUAUCAGGACAUGAUUUACUCUGUGGGAGGUAGAGACGACACCACAGAGCUAAGCAGCGCAGAGCGAUACAACCCCAGGACCAAUCAAUGGUCUCCUGUAGUGGCAAUGACGUCCAGACGGAGUGGGGUGGGCUUAGCAGUGGUUAAUGGUCAACUGAUGGCAGUUGGAGGCUUUGAUGGGACGACGUAUCUGAAAACUAUAGAAGUCUAUGACCCUGACGCCAACACAUGGAGGUUGUACGGAGGAAUGAACUACCGCCGGUUAGGUGGAGGAGUGGGCGUCAUUAAAAUGACUCACUGUGAAUCCCAUAUUUGGUAAUGCCACCACCGCCCCUCUCCUUCCACACACACUUCUCAUCAGCUGGCGCUUCUUCUGGCUGACUCUUGUGCCUCCAAAAGAGACAUCGUGAACCGGGUGGACAUGUGAGAACCAUGAGGAGGACGGGGAGAUGAGAUGACAAUAGAAGGACAAACUUUUGAACUUUACUUCACCCCCAACCCUCAAAUUCAAAGUCAUUAACUGACUGACCACGGUCGCCAUGAAGUGCACUGAGAGCGGAAGUCUACCAAGUACCAUUAAGCUUCUAGUUCAGAGAGGACGGACCUUUUCAAAGUUAUUUUCCAAGCAUUGUGGUCUGGAUUUAAACCGGUGCUCACCUUUGGUCAAGAAAGCUGCUGGCAGUGAGUGUCCUCUGAAGAAGUUUAACAGCAGCCGAAAGCCUUGCUCACCUUCCUUUUGCUUUAUAUGGCAGCCCCCCCUAAACUGCUGCUGCUGCUGCUGACCACCCACCGCCUUCAGUAAGUUUAAAGAACAGACACCCAGUGGGCAAACAUACUUUCUCUUCAUUGUGAGAUUUCCUGGUGAUACAACAUUGCAUACUGACUGUAAGAGCUCAAACUCCCUCAUUCCGUUUGGCAUAGGCUUCGAACCGUACAGCUUUCCUCUGGGCCUCAUGUGUAGCAUUAAUCAGUAACAGUCAGGCAGCUUCCUUCUGAAGGCAUCUGCAUGUGUACUAUGGACACACAGAGAAAAACCAUAUUUUGGUACUGUAGCUGUUUUUGUUGAUUGAGGUCUUUAAAGAUUUUAUUUGUUUUAUUUAGAAGAGUGUAAUUCAACCCAAGUGGACCGAGACAUCAAAAAUCAACCUCGAAUGUUACUUCAGCACUUCAAAUGAUUAGAUUUGUGCCAUGAAAGGAGCUUCUUCUGUUUUUCCCAAAAAGGCUCUCCAUCUUGGACUGCAUUUUCUGGUUAGAGUGACUGUCGAGCUUGUGACAGUUGUCCAGAGUAGAACAAUAACUCGUGCUGUCCACGAUGGUAUAUUUGGAUGAGCUUGUUUUUUGGAAGUUGCCUGGCAUCAAAGACUAGAACAGCUGCACAGCUAUGGACCAAACUACUGGGUCACCUACCAUAAUACCUGUAGCAGCUGCUCAGCCAUAGAGACCUAUGCUAUGAUCUCCUGGCACACAAUUUUUGUGCCGAGUGUUGGUAACACACCAUGUACCUCAGCACCUGGUGACCUCACUCUGUAACUUGAUGUGGUCUAACACUCUGAGGCUGCAGUUCCUAAAUUCUUCCAGUUUGGAAUAAGACGACUUGCAGUUGGUUGUGGAAUAUCUGGGAGGGAAGAAACAUUAAACUCGUUUAUUGCAGUGUCAUGCUUAAAUUCAAUAAGCUCUUUAGGAAAUGUUUGUAAAGUCAGACUGCAUGGCUAGAUGCUUGAUUUUUACAACUGCAGCACUAGAACUGGAAAUGGCUGAAUUCAAAGUUUAAAAAGUGUGGCCCAAUACUUUUGUCCAUGCAGUCUAUUUGACCAGGAAGUAGGAAAACCAGAAAUAGGAAUAGCCAAGGCUAGCUGAUUAGCAAUGGUUGAACGUUCAAAAUAUGAGUAAAGAUGUUACUGACAAUUCAAUCACAGAUGGCAUUGUGCUCUCUGAUUGAUUUUUAAAAAUAAAGUUACAAAAAAACCCCCAAAAAACAUAAAAUACUUCACCAUAUUUACAGGCAGCCGUUAAUGACUACAUGGAAAAAAAAUGACUUGGGAACACUCGAUGAUGGCUUCAUCACACUGCCGGCACCAAGAGUCUUUUGCCAAGAAUUCCAUCUUGUUUGAAUUUAUUUAAGGUUUAAGAACAUGCAUACAGUUUGAGGAAGUUUCCUUGAUUUUGUUCAAUGUGCAGUGUAGAAAGAAAGAAAUGAAGAGCAUUUUAAAUUGCGCACACAGAAUGAUGUUGGAGAGCGCUCUGAUGCACAGCAAACAGGGUUGCUUGACUGUACUGGACACUGAGGCCACUGAUCAAAUGUGGACACAGCUGAUUGGCGUGUCUGCGUGUCAUUACAGUAAAGCUCACAGAGAAAUCUGUUCUUUUUAGCCAUAGCCAGUGCAAUUUAAAAAAGAAAAAAAGAAAAAAAAAGAAUAAAAUUAGUUCGUUUUAAAAAGAAAUCAGCAUCAUAUUGAAAUAUUACAAACAUUGGAUAGCUUACAGAUGGACCUGUUUGUAAGCCAUCCAACUGAUUCUCUGUGUGACAGCUUUACCACAACUUAUGCCUCACCUCGCAGACUCUCAUAACGAUUUUGUAAUUAAUUCAAAAUCAAAAUGGUCUCUGGUUCUGUACCCAUACUGUCCCUAAUCACAGAAAUCAGGCAUCUCUCAUGGAAGUGGAGGAGAAAAAAAAUUGGAGUUCUGUUACCUUAUUUGCAGUCUCUGUUUCAAAGCUUCAGAGGGAGCCCUGUUGUGUGAAUAGCCUUUUUAAAAAUGCAGUAAAACAGGAUGGACCACAUGAAUAGAACUGUUAACUAUAAAGUAAUUGCUACAUGCGUAGUAGUGUGACGAUAUAUAUUUGUUUACAGAGCCAUAGGUCCAUUUUUGUUCUGCUUUCAGUUCCCACAUCCUUGCUUUUGUUCUGUCAUCAUACAGUGUAACAGCACCGCCUGCUGGUGGACGCUCAUAAUGCAGCACUUAUACAGAAAAGGGUGAUACAGAUGAGGAGUGGUACAUGGUUGUACAACUGAUCUCUCACAGAGUUUAAAUAGAUGGUGAAAUUUAGUUUGAAUGAAUCUUCUCAGAAUUUAUUGCACUGUGAUUGGUAAUGUAUUUUAGAUUUUAUCUUUUCUUUUGUUUGUUUCUUAAUUAUAUUUUAUAAAGGUGUUUCCAGACAUUGGGAUGGGAAAAAAAGAAUCACAGGUCAGCUGGGGAAUCAUACAUUUCAGGCAUCGCUGCCUCGAUGCUGUGCAGAAACAGUUUUCUUUUCCCACAUGCAACACUACAUGUUUUGACUCACUCUGUGUCACAUGCAGCUCAUUACAGCAGCUCUGCACUUUAAACUACGGAAUCUGAUACAUCCUUUUUUCUUUUUCUUUUCUUUUCUUUUCUUUUUCUUUUUUUUAAACUAAAAUGUCAUAAGAGAGUGAGUCACAACCUGAAUGUUGGUGUUAAUAUUUUUUUUAUUUACAUUUUUUUGGUAGAUUUUGGGUUAUGUUCUCUCUGCUAGCACAGGAGAGGAUUUCAAGAGGCAGAACUGCUGUCUGUUUGUCUAUUUACUGUUUGCAGAGCUCUACUUUAAAACAAAAUGAAUGUUUAUGCUUCAGAAAUGCUCACUUGAAAAGAUGAAUCGUUGACCAUUUCAUUCUUUUUUUUUUUUCUUUUUUUUUUUGAUGUUGAAGAAUUGUGACACAUGCGCAGUUGCUGAACAAAAACUGUUUGCCUGCUUCUUGAAGACUCUUCCAAAAACAUUUUGCUAUUUUCAACUGCCACAGAAUUACAAGUUUAAGAGUCCAUGCAUCUUAUUACUUUGGUUGUCAUAAUUUUGUUGUAAGAAGCAUGUUUAUUAUUUAAACCACCCAAUUUUUCAGCUGUGUGACAGCAUUCUUGUUCUAAUGAGUGUUAAGUCCUUGAUUCAUAAACAACUGUGUUUUUCAACCUUUUAACGGAGCAGUUAUUGAUGGAAUUAAAAGUACACAAGGCAGAUCAAACCUAAUUUUUGGAAAAGAUUUUAGACCAAAGCAAGAGAAAUAUGGUUCCCAGACUGAGUGGUAUUUCUGUCAUGUGUUCUACUAAUGAUGCAUUGUAUUAUAAUUGUCAGCCAGCGAUCAGUCGGUAGCCUUUUGAGAAGCCUCACGCAAAACGUGGUUGUAAUUGCAGAUGUUUGUUUUUGUGUAUCAGAGAGCUGUCUUAGCUCACCAUGUUCACUAUGACAACGAUUAAACUUUUUC